AUGCGGGUUUCUGUUGUUAUUGGCAACAGGAGCAUGGAGCCGCAGCGGGCCGCGGAGCGCAGCCCUCGAAACUUCAAUCAAAUGAUGCAGGAGAGCAAACAGGAAAUUGAUACUGUGCCGCUUACAUUAGAGAAGUUACGUGGAUUGUCCCAAGAAGAUAAAACAGAAAAUGCCAUGUUACGAUCUAGAAUAGAUGAACAGUCACAGCUCAUUUGCAUACUAAAACAGCGGGCUGAUGAGUUCAUUCGGCGUUGCCAAACUUUGGAAGCAAUUAAUGCUGACCUGGAGAACCAAUGUGAAAACUUCAAGCAACAACUAGAGGGUGAACUAAAGUUGUCAGCUCAGCUGGAAGAGCGAUUCAUGGAUCUGGCAUUAAACCACCAAGAAAUUAUCAAAUUUAAGGAUGAAUAUAAGAGACAGAAUUCAGUGCUUAGUGAGCAAAAUGAAAAACUUCAGAGAGAAAAUGAAAAUCUCUUUUGUAAAGCCCUGCAGGAAAAGGAUGACCAAAUAUUGAAGCUGUCCAAUGAACUGGGAGAAUGUUUGAAACAAUGCAACAUGCUAGAACAAGAAUGCAAACAAAUAACACAGAAUUUACAAACAAAAGAAAGUGAUUUUUUAGAAAAGCAAGUAAACACAGAAAAGUUUUAUCAGGACAAAGUGCAGUCUCUGAAGGCAAAGCUCAAAGAAACAGAAGAUAGAUGUAAUGUUGCUGAACUGAAGCAGAAAGAAGCUGCAGAAAUUAGAAGUCACAAAGAAACAGAAUUCCAGCAGAAAAUACUUCUACUGACACAAGAGAAGGAGGAACUUCUUAAAAUUUCCAUGGAGAGAGGGAAAAUUGUACAGGACAAACAAAAAGAGAUACAGCUACUUCAGGAGAAAUUAAAAUUAACAGAAAAAGCAAAGAAAGAUGCAGAAGACAGAUUUCAAUAUGAAGCCACAAUGGUAAACGAAAGUGCAAAAGUCAAGGCAUUACAGCAGCAGUAUCAUAAAUAUCAAAAGAUUUAUACUGACUUGGAAAGAGUAAGUAGCUACGGUUCUGACCAGUGGUCCAGCGUACUUUUGUCAUUUGUGCCAUCACAAUGUAUCAUGCACUUUUCAGAUUGUUUUUCCUGCUUGUAUAAGUACCACCGAGGCAAAUUAGAACUAUGCCUUUUUAAAGCAGGAAUGAAGCUAUAUCCUCUAGUCACCAAACUCAAUAAGGUGUUGAAUAAAAUUAUUUGCACAUUGCUUCAAGUAUAUCAAUAUUCCCUUUCCAUUACUGAAAUUGUGCAAAUUUUUCCAGAGUAUUCUAGAAAUCUUAUCAGGAGUUUUGGAAGACAGUCCUGGCACAUUUAUUUGAUAUUUUACUAGACACUGCUCUGUAUCUCUGUUGUAUCUGAAGCCUAAAAAACAGCACCAAAUAUUAAACAUUUUUGCAAAAACACUAUUAUGUGCAAUUUUUAGACAUAAAAAGGUAAAGCUUCAACGCACUGUGGAGAAGUUAAACAUUCUAUGGAAGAUGUUAAAUAAGCACAUGUCAGUUAAAAUGUUUACAAUUAACUGUAGAUUUAAAAAUUAUUGCAGGAACAAACUUUGGAUGUAGGGUUCAUAAUCCACAUCACUUCCCACUUGUGACAAAACCUGGUGUGCACUUGAACAGAUGUAAAAGUCUGGAAUGAGGUGAAAAAUCUAUAUUUAUUGGUAACUAAAAUGAGUCUCCUCCACAAACCCAUUGCAUGCUACAGACCAUCCAUAACUUCCAUCAUGUGUGAAUGCAAGUAGUCCAUUGAAAACUCUUUUAAUUUCUAUUUUCUAACAUUUUUUCCCAUAAUAGGAAUUUGAAGCAUUCAAAAAGCACAGCAAUAACCUACUAACAAAAGAAAAGGAACUGAAUGCCAAACUACGUCAUCUGAGUGAUGCCAGAUUUCAAUGUGCAUAAAGUAAAAUGUUGAUUCUUUAUAUCCAGAUGCAAAUAAAAGGAAUUUUUAGUGACCUACUUUUGAAAUAAUUUAUCAUUUUCAUUGAAAAUGCUUAGGCCAUUAACCAAAGUAGGAGAAAUCAUAAGCCAGUUUUGGAGUUGCAGCAAGUUGACUCUGUUUUCCUUACAUUGUGAAUGAAUGACUUCAAACAGGCAAAGGAUGGUAAUGGUGGGGGUUUCCUGGGAAUUUCUGUCCCUGAUUGUUCAAAAUAGAAAAGGAGUAUUCAGGAUGGUAUUGAAAACUUCGAGGCCAUCCACUGGGAGCACAUAGGUCCUACGUAAGGAAGCUGUGACAUUUCCUCAGACCAUACUGGUGUGGGAUGUUGGUUUAGAGGGAUUUGACACCCCUGGUGAAAAUAAACCAGUUGUGACCAGGAAACUUUAUUGGCAGAGUAUAUUAAAGGUGUCACAGAUGUAAUCUUCUCCCUUUCUUCUUAGGUAAUACCUCAGGAUCGGGGAUGACUAAUUCCACUCUUUUUCUUGAGUUCUGAGGCCAAUGUGAGAACUGCAGACUCUUCCAAAGAUGGGGCAGUUGGUUACUGAUGGGGUAGGUGAGUGAGUAGCUUUUGAGGCAGUAUCUUUUCCUGAUGCUUAUGCAGGGCCUGUGUGCUACGAAUGCAUGGCCUCAAAGUUUAUAACACCAUCCCAAACAAUAACAACAGAGAUUCCCAGGGAUCAGUGAGGAUAUUGCAUUUUUUCAAGGAGACUUUGAGCAUACUCUUGAAUCUGUUCCUACAUCUGCCUGGUAAUCUCUUCCUAAGUCAGGGCUUAGAAUAAAGUGUCCAUUUCAGGAAUUUGGUGUAACACUGAGUGUAAACAUGGCCUCCAUAGAGUGUAAAUAUAGAUGUUUGCCUGGGGAAAGAUACAGACAUUGGUUUAUCCUUUCAGUGAAUUUGGAGGAUCCUGUGUAGAUGGCAUUGAUGAUAUUUUGCCAGUGCCCUGAGGUACUUCAGGCAAUCCAGGUCUUAGAAGCUUCCAGGACAGGAAUCCCUGCUGCCUGGCAGGUCUGGGGUCUUGAUCUUUACCUUUCUCCCCCAAUCUAUCAAAGUCUGUUCUGGUGCUUGGAAUGAAGUUGGUGAGUUGCAUCACUGAUGUUUGCCUUUGCUGAGAGGUGGCUUCCAAGUUUUUCAGGGUUUCACUGUAAGCCUUUAUUGUCAGGUGACAGUGUAGUGCAGCAGGGACAGAUUGUUAGAGAGACUGCUGAGUGUAUCAUCUCACGUGCUCCAGUAAAAGUGCUGUUGAUGGCUUGAAGCUUCACUCCGAAGUACGUGCAAACGCAAGUGCUGCGUACAUACUGCAGCUCGAUUACUCGAGCACUGAGGUCUAAGUAACCUUUGUUCUGGAAUGUAUUCAGAACAGUCUGAAGAGUUUCCUGUUAUUCUUAAUAUUAGUUCUAGUCCUACAGGAAGAUUGUGGAAAUGAGAUUCCACAAAUCUGCCUCUUCUCAUCAGUGCCUCACAAACAACCAGUCAACUCCCAACCUAAAGGAGCUGCAGAGCUUCUGGGCUGCCCUGAAGUCCAUCAUUAUUGGCACUGCCAUGAAAAACUAGGACUUGUUUGACUAUGAGAUCUAAGAGCUAAUUAACUGCAAAUACAAGGCUUCCUGGAUUGGAAGCACCAUCUUUCCUCAAGGGAAAACAAACAGUUCACAGGCACCCUGAACAUCCAAGGAAAAAAGUCAGGAUCUAAAGAGCAGAUGGUGGAUGGAAAGAGUACAGGAGGCUCGGAAGCUUGCCAACAGCCAUGAUGUGCCGUUUCUUCAGCAUUUUAAAAAUCAUUUAUGGCCCAAGCACCUGAGGCCCCAGCCAACUGCUCCUGUGCCCAGGAUCGAGGGACAGAGAGGCUGGAAGGUACACUUUGAAGCACCCCCACCCCCAGUACCAUGAGUGUCCUUAACGUGAGCACCAUUGACACCCCAUCCUACAGCUGCCUACUCAGGUCAUGCUUGCUGCCACUCCUAACUAACAAAAAGUUGAGAAGGCCACAUCUGAAUUCAAGAAUAAUAAACCCUAAUGGAAGACCAUCUUCGCACUGAAAUCCUAAAACACUCUAGAGCUUCAGUCACACAUACACAGCCUCUUUGGCCACAUCUGGGUAGAGGAGCAUCAGAGAGGAAGUAGAAGCAGGUUGUGUGUGGCUGGCAGACUGAGGCUAGAGAAUAUCUCCAUAGGAAGAGGUCAUUGACUGUCUGGGAGAUAAUGCCCUGGUCACAGUUUAGAGGAAGUACAAGCAGGCAUCAAAACUGGCAAUGAAGUCAAUUUACUAAACAAUAGCACUACCCUUAUCAGCAGGUUCAGAGAGAACAGGUUAGAGCAAGGGCAGGGAAAAUAUUGUAGUCUAUCUAAAAUACUCUCAUUUUAUGAUCUAGUCAUUUACAUGGUAAAAAGACCAAUUUUUCCCUGCUAAAAAUCAAAACUGCAGAUUUUCUGAAAUAACAGAAAAUACUGGAAAUUCAGUAAUGCAAGGUAGCAGCUGUGGAGAGAGAACAGGUUUCAGGUCACUGAUUCAGAAGUUGCAGAAUGGGUUGAGUUAGAGAAAACAUAGGCAGUAUCUAUGGUGGAGAGUAAAGUUGUGCAGAUGACAGAAUGCUUUUGGAACACAGGCUCUACACUCUUCCAUGCAAUAUUUGCCCUUUCUCAUUAUCCAGGGACCCAAACAAUCCCUCCAGGUCAAGCAGCAAUUCAGUUACAUUUCCUCCAAUAUAGUACAUUACAUACUUUGUGGUCUCUUGUACACUGAAGAAACCAAACUCAGAUUGGGUGGCAGCUUUGCUGAAGACUUCCAUUCAGUCCAAAGGUUGACCCCAAUUCUCCACUCCAUUUUAAUGAUCUAUUCCAACAUUGCUCCAACCAAUGAUAUAGGCUAACUGGCAUAUACUUACCCACUUUUUUGGGGCCUGUCCUAAUAGGGUGACACUGUCAAGGAUUUUUGGAGGGUUGUAACUAAUGCAAGCACUAUCUCAAUAGCCUUUUUUUUGUUAAUGAUUCUAGGGAUGCAAGCUGGCCCCAUUAGUUUGUCUACAAUGUGGGCAAGUGAGAGGUCAUGCACUUCUGCAUAAGGAAUCAAAAGGCAGUUUAUCCUAAUAGAGAAUGCAAAUGACUGAAGUUCAGAGGAAUUUAAGUGUUCUUGUGCAUGAAUCACAAGUUAACAGGCAGGUCCAACAAGCAGUUAAGAAGGGGCACAGCAUGCUGGCCUUUAUCGCAAAGGGGUUGAAGCUUAAGAAUAGGAAGGUUUUGUUAGUUCCAUGAUGUGAGACCAGUCCUGGAAUACUGCACUAAGUUUGUCCCCUAAUGCAAAAAAAAGUAGCAUUGGAGGCAGUCCAAAGGAGGUUCACAAGUUAAAAAUGAGAGGCAACCAUAUUCAAACACAAGAUCCAAAGGGAGCUUGACAAAGUAGAUGUUGAGAUGUUUACACUUUGGGAGUGUCAUGAACAAGGAACAUAGCUACAAAACAAGCAGCCAGUCGUUUAAAACUGAGUGCAUAGAAAUUUCAAGAGUAGCAAGGCCAGAUCAUUAGAUGCAAAUAUUCCAGCAUUUGAGGAAUUGAGGGUUAUGGGGAACUAGCACAGAGGAGGAAUUGAGGCCAGCAUAGAUCAACCAUGAUCAUAUUGAAUGCCAAAGUACAUUUGAGGG